AACGGCGGAGUAUAGCGGGGUCUGUCGGAGCUGGAUCAGGUAUGUUGGGGUUAUAUGCGGGGAUUGGAGGCGUCUGCGGUAGGUAACCAAUUUCACGAUCCUUACGGCAAGGGUCGUAUAAUCCGGGACUUAAUUCGGUGAGUACAUGAUAUAAGAACCAUGGGACAUCGCGCUAUUCUAAGUGGUGAACCGGUGAGUCGGUUACACACUUUCCACGCGGUAGUCGUUGUCUCGUCAUAGCUACCUGGUAUAUUAGCCUCACACGUGGAGGUGAUACAAGUUAGCUCAAGAUGGCAAGUCUCCUUUUGUUUAUGGCGACGGCCGUCUCAGCCGCUGCCGUCGUGAGAAGAGACUAUCCGAGCGAUGACCCUCUCACUUCGUGUCCUGGUUACAAGGCCUCGAAUGUUGUCAAGACAGCAUCGGGACUGACGGCGGACUUAACUCUAGCCGGCGAGGCCUGUAAUAUAUACGGUACGGACUUGGAAGACCUAACGUUAGAGGUCUCGUAUGAUACGGAGACGCGACUUCAUGUCAAAAUCCAAGAUGCAGCCAACAGCGUCUACCAGAUCCCCGAGUCCGUUUUCAGUCGACCAGACGCCCAAGACUCCGAAGAAGCACAGUCUGCACUGAAAUUCGACUAUGUUGAAAGCCCAUUUUCCUUUACUGUAUCUCGCUCGGAUUCAGGUGAGGUCCUCUUCGACACCUCGGCCGCAACCCUUGUGUUCGAAUCGCAGUACUUGCGCCUCAGGACAAAAUUGCCAGAAAAUCCAAGUCUCUAUGGACUUGGCGAGCACUCGGAUCCUUUCAUGCUGAAUACCACUGAUUACAUCAGAACGUUCUGGUCUCAGGAUGCCUACGGCGUUCCUGAAGGUGCUAAUUUGUAUGGUAAUCACCCCGUGUACUAUGAACAUCGUGAAUCCGGUACUCAUGGCGUGUUCUUCUUAAACUCAAAUGGCAUGGAUAUCAUGAUCAAUAACACAGCCGAGUCCGGUCAGUAUCUCGAAUACAAUACGCUCGGUGGUGUUCUCGACUUCUAUUUCGUAUCUGGCCCGAGCCCGAUUGAGGUUGCGCAACAAUACGCCGAAAUUGUUGGUACACCCGCGAUGAUGCCUUAUUGGGGAUUUGGCUACCACAAUUGCCGAUAUGGAUACCAAGAUGUCUUCGACGUAGCUGAGGUGGUCUACAAUUAUAGUCAGGCUGGCAUCCCGCUGGAGACGAUGUGGACCGAUAUUGACUACAUGUAUCGUCGAAGAGUAUUCUCCCUAGAUCCAGAUAGAUUUCCCUUGCACAAGAUGCGCGAGCUAGUCGACUACUUACAUGCGCAUGACCAGCAUUACGUCGUUAUGGUGGAUCCGGCCGUGGCCUACCAGGACUUCCCAGCUUCCUUUCAGCGAGGAGUCGACGACAAUAUCUUCCUCCUUCGUGAAAACGGCUCUGUAUGGAAGGGCGUCGUCUGGCCUGGUGUAACCGCAUUCCCCGAUUGGUUCUCGGCGAACGUCAGCAGGUACUGGAACAAUGAAUUCUCUCUCUUCUUCUCGCCGGAGGAUGGCGUCGACAUCGACGCCCUUUGGAUUGAUAUGAACGAGCCUUCCAACUUCCCUUGUUACUUCCCCUGUGAUAACCCAGAUGCUUCAGCUGUGGGUUACCCACCAGAGCCUCCACCAGUAAGGGCGAACCCUCGACCCCUGCCAGGCUUUUCUUGCGAUUUCCAGCCCGAGGGAACCGAUUGUGCGAAAACCGAAGUAAGAUCCCUUGAAAUCCGCGACAGCAUACCCCCGGCAUAUUUCAAUAAUCUUGUAAUCUCGCCGCGCCAGACGGAGGGCCAGCAGAAGGGACUCCCUGGUCGCGAUCUUCUCUUCCCCAAGUACGCGAUUCAUAAUAAGGCCGCGAACGAGGACAGUUGGAACGCGGCUGAGGGUGGCAUUUCUAACAAGACUGUGAAUACCGAUGUAAUCCACCAAAACGGUCUCGCUAUGUACGAUACCCACAACAUGUACGGUUCGAUGAUGUCCAUCGCGUCCCACGAGGCCAUGCUCCAACGAAGACCUACCGUGCGCCCCAUGAUCAUCACACGCUCGACAUUUGCCGGUGCUGGUACCAAGGUAGGCCACUGGCUAGGUGACAAUUUGUCUUCAUGGCACCAUUACAGGCUCGCAAUUCGAAGCAUGAUGGCCUUUGCUUCCGUGUACCAAGUACCAAUGGUCGGCGCAGACACAUGCGGGUUCGGUGACAACACAACGGAGCAGCUCUGCGCGAGGUGGGCCGCUCUUGGAGCAUUUUCGCCGUUCUACCGCAACCACAACAGUCUAGACAUGGUCCCCCAGGAGUUCUACCGCUGGAACGCCACAACGGUAGCUGGGCGCAAGUUCAUCGAUAUCCGCUACCGCCUGCUCGACUACAUGUAUACAGCCUUACAGGGGCAAACUGUUGAUGGAACACCUAUGGUGAACCCGGUCUUCUACCUUUACCCUCAGGAUAAAAACACGUACCCCUUGGACUUGCAGUACUUCCUCGGUCCAGCACUUCUCGUCGCACCCGUCACCGAAGAGAAUAGCACGAGCGUUGACAUAUACCUACCCGACGACGUCUUCUACGAUUGGUACACGCACGAGAAGGUCGUCGGCCAGGGCAAAACUAUCACAGUCGAGAACCAGGAAUGGACGGAUCUACCCCUAUACCUAAGGGGUGGCGUGAUCGUGCCGACGCGUGCCGAAUCGGCCAAUACGACCACGGAGCUGCGUACUAAACCCUUCGAGAUCAUAGUGCCUGUGGGAAAGGACGGAAAAGCGAGCGGCCGGCUAUACCUAGACGAUGGUGCGAGCAUCGAACAAGCAGGGACGAGUGAUAUUCUCUUCGAGUACGCCGACGGUGUGCUCACCGUCAGCGGCACAUUUGGUUACAAGACGGACAACCUAAGAGUCAACAAGGUUACGUUCUUGGGUGUUGGCGGGAAGAGUGGAUGUAGCAAGCGCGCCGCCAAGGACGUGGUCACCGUACAGAUUGAUAAGCCGCUUACGGAAGCGUUUACUGUCGAUGUCGGCAAGGCGUAAGCAUAUGUGAGCAAAAGAAAAGGGGUGUUGACUAUUGGAUAAUGAGAAAUGCGGAACUGCAUGGUGUUAGCUCUGUGUAUAUUAAAAAUCCAUAAUGUAUAUACUUAAAAUGUAAUUGUUGGAACUAUCACCAUGCUUCUAUCUUUGG